GAGCGAUCGGUCGCGAGAUCGGUGAUAUGUGUCGCGUUGGCUCGUUGAGCCUCGAUGUGCUUGAUUCAGCGAGCAUGAAGCAUCCAUCGAGGUCAACGGAACUCGAGGUUGCUAUGGCACUCUUCGGCAUGGUCUGGCUGCUGCGAGUUCGUUCGGAGAUGCGUCGUUGUUCAAAGUGCCGACACGAGGAGAUGCUCGCCAGCCAGCAACAACAUCAACAGCAGCAGCAGCAGCAGCAGCAGCAGCAGCAACAGCAGCAGCAACAGCAGCAACAACAACAACAGCAUCAACUUCAACAACAUUCACAGCACCAACAUCAACAACAACAGCAACAACAGCAGCAACAACAACAACAACGUCAUCAGCAACGUACGUUGUCGCAGGCAACCAGUCUUAUUCAUACACCCGAUGAUGUUCUCACGUCUUCGGCCAAUACGCUUUACACCUUGGAUACACCAGGUGCUGCUGGUCCAGCUGGCAGCUAUUGCGAGGUUCACGGAUACGUCCAAGCCAAAGAAGAUAUUCAAGAGUUUUAUGAGCUGACGUUACUCGACGAAUCGAAAUCGGUGCAGCAGAAAACAGCGGAGACGAACCGCAUCGCUGCCAAAUGGGAAGCAAGCGACGGCCCAAUCACGCCUACCUUCGCCCAAAAUGACGACGGUCCAGCCUCGGCCUUCCCGUUGACCCAGACUCUGUUGAACAUUUACGGCCGCAGGUCGAGCAGACCUGACGUUCCAGGUCCCAUUGAUGAGAAUCAGAAAACACGUUACAAUGCGGGAGGUGUGGAGGAACAAUUACCACCACCACCGUCACCACCGCAGGUAAAGGAGGGAAGCCAAUUGGAUGGAGUUCCUAGACCAAAUUCAGUCGAACGUAUUCUUCAUCCUGACGCUACUACUCAACACAUAAUUACGAGCCAUGAAACAUUGAACAAGAGCCACGACAGUUGGCAGGGACACGACGGCGAUCAGGCACACACUCCUCUGCUCGCGGCGGAUACGAGACACGUAAACGGCGACGAUGAUUGGGAGUACGAGGAGAUCGUUUUGGAAAGAGGUGGGGCCGGUUUGGGCUUUAGUAUCGCCGGAGGUACCGACAAUCCUCACUUUGGCAACGACACGGCAAUUUACAUCACCAAACUUAUACCGGGUGGGGCGGCAUCCGCGGAUGGACGUCUUCGCGUUAACGAUACGAUCCUUCAGGUGAACGAUGUCUCCGUCGUUGACGUACCGCAUGCGGCUGCUGUAGAUGCCCUUAAACGUGCCGGCAAUACCGUCAAAUUGUAUGUUCGCCGACGGAGACACACGCAGCUGAUCGAAAUCGAAUUGAUCAAAGGCAAUAAAGGUCUUGGCUUUAGUAUCGCCGGUGGUAUUGGCAAUCAGCAUAUACCCGGUGACAAUGGGAUAUAUGUUACGAAGAUUAUGGAAGGUGGAGCUGCACAGGUCGACGGUCGUCUCGUUGUUGGCGACAAAUUGGUAGCAGUUAGAAAUGCCAUGGGCGACAAGAACCUCGAGAAUGUUACGCACGAGGAAGCUGUGGCAACAUUGAAGGCAACUCAGGAUCGUGUAGUACUUUUGGUGGCUAAACCCGAAGGCACCUUACCUCCACCGCCACCGGCUUCGGAUCGUUCGGUAUCACCACAACCACGUAAGCAAAAUGGGGCAGUGUCAGCGUUGGAAAAUAAUUCAACGCUACCGUAUACGCAAGAAUCUCGUCAUGCGUCGUCUUUAGCGCUUCACGGCGUUGCGACGCCUCGCGCCGUUUCACAAGAGGACGUCUCUCGAGAAGUCCGUACGGUCGUAUUGAACAAAGGCUCCUCGGGUUUGGGCUUUAAUAUCGUAGGAGGUGAAGAUGGCGAGGGUAUCUUCAUCUCCUUCAUCCUAGCCGGUGGACCAGCCGAUUUGAGCGGUGAACUUCGUCGUGGCGAUCAAAUCUUAAGCGUCAAUGGCAUCAAUUUACGAACAGCCACCCACGAGGAGGCUGCAGCGGCCCUUAAGGGCACCGGUCAAACAGUGACGAUCGUUGUACAGUACAAGCCCGAGGAUUACAACAGAUUCGAGGCAAAGAUCCAAGAUCUCAAACAACAAAUUUCUCAACAGAAUAUGAUGACAGGUACCCUCAUGAGGACCUCGCAGAAGAAAUCCCUUUACGUAAGAGCCCUAUUUGAUUACGAUCCCAAUAAGGACGAUGGAUUGCCAAGUCGUGGAUUGGCAUUCCGUUAUGGGGAGAUCCUACAUGUGACGAAUGCGAGCGACGACGAAUGGUGGCAAGCACGAAGAGUAACUCCUCAAGGUGAAGAGGAAGGACUUGGUAUAAUUCCGUCGCGUAGGCGAUGGGAGCGCAAGCAACGUGCCAGGGAUCGUUCGGUCAAGUUUCAGGGUCACAUGCCGGUCAUUCUCGACAAGCAAUCGACGUUGGAUAGGAAAAAGAAGAAUUUCUCGUUUAGCAGGAAGUUCCCCUUUAUGAAGAGCAAGGACGACAAGUCCGAGGAUGGUUCGGAUCAAGAACGGUCGCCCACAACACCUGAGAAUGAAACCGAUCCUACGCCAUUCAUGCUGUGCUACACCCAGGACGACACUAACACUGAAGAUUUGUCUUGCGUCGCAGGGAGUAAAGAAAUUUUGUAUCGCGUUGAACUGCCCUAUAUGGAAGAACUGACAUUAGUUUAUCUGGAAAAGGAGUACGUUGAUGAUGAAAAUUGUGACGAACUUUGCAGCGAAGAGAACGUACUCUCGUAUGAAGCUGUCCAACAACUCACCAUUCAGUACACACGUCCGGUUAUCAUCCUGGGGCCUCUUAAGGAUCGUAUCAACGAUGAUCUCAUCUCCGAGUUUCCUGAUAAAUUUGGCAGCUGCGUACCUCACACAACGAGGAGUAGAAGAGAAUACGAAGUGGACGGACGGGACUAUCAUUUCGUAGCAUCUAGAGAGCAAAUGGAGAGAGAUAUACAGAAUCACCUAUUUAUAGAAGCAGGACAAUACAAUGACAAUCUUUAUGGAACGUCCGUUGCAUCUGUUCGAGAGGUCGCCGAGAAGGGAAAGCACUGUAUUCUUGAUGUCAGCGGAAAUGCUAUCAAGAGGUUACAAGUAGCACAACUUUAUCCUAUUGCCAUAUUCAUAAAGCCGAAAUCCGUCGAAUCCGUUAAGGAAAUGAAUAAAAGAAUGAACGAAGAACAAGCUAAGAAGACAUACGAACGUGCUCUCAAGAUGGAGCAAGAAUUUGGCGAAUACUUUACUGCCGUAGUACAAGGAGACACGCCAGAAGAGAUCUACGUUAAAGUAAAAGAAGUAAUCGCCGAACAAUCAGGACCCAACAUUUGGGUACCUUGUAGGGAUCAGCAACUGUGACGUCCUGCCCCCCACGCCCUCCCUGGCCCCAAUGCUUGGACCCUACCUCCAAGGCGUCAAGCUUAAUUGAUCUUGAUAAAAUAAUUAAGUAACAACACUCUAACGCCUUUCCCCCCCAUCUCCACGAUCCUCUCCACCCACCUAAGUAGCACAAUGUUGUAACUAAUGGAGAAAAAGAAAGCGAGAUAGAGCGUAAUUAAUGUGAAUCAAGCUGAGCUGACUAUAAAGAAGAUAUGAAGAAGAAGAAGAAGAAGAAGAAUGAAAAGAAGACGAUGAAAAAGCCAAGUAAUAACAAAAGAAGUCUUGAAAGAAAUUUGUCUGAAUAUAAAUCAUUGAUUUAAAGAAUUUUAAAGAAGAGGGGCGAAUAUAGAAGGAAGAAAGAAAAGAAAGAAAAAGAAGAAAAAAGAAAAAGAACACAAGAAAUAAAAAGAAGAAGAAGGGAAGGAACAAGUAAUAUAAUACGUUCAAUCUACUUAUAAAUUUAUAUUUUAUCCAAUAAUAGAAGAAGAGAACUUGGCUCAAAUUUUCACGGUCAACAUCGACGUCCUCUCUCGAUUUAGAACGAAUUUAGAAUUGAUGAAGGAUAAAUGAAUAAAAGAGAGAGAGAGAGAGAGAGAGAGAGAGAGAGAGAUCGUGUGCGCGUGUGUAUGUUUGUAUAUGCAGAAGAGCGGUACGUUGUUAAUUGUUGCUGCUAUUAUGUCUCUCUUAUGAGAACGAGUAAAAAAAAAAGGAAAUAAGGAUAAAUAUAUCGCGUAACAUUUGUAUCGAUUGACCGCGUAUUAUUGUUGUUGCGUGGUAAAACUCGGGUCAAUCGAUAUUUACGAACAUCACUCGUGCAACACAGUUCGAACAAUUAAAUAUUUCUCUUAUCGAUCUUGAAAACAAAACAUACGCACGUACGCACGCACGCACACACAUACACACACACACACACACACAUACACACACAUGCAUACACAAACAUAGCUGGACAUAUACACGGAAAUAAAUAAUGAUUCGCAAUAAAGCGCAAAUGAGUAAAGCUUUUCUAAGCGACGAAAAAUCGAACGAAACCUUUUUUUUCUUCUCUCGUUAAUAAAAGUAACAAAAAAAAAAAAAAAAAAGAAAAAAAAAGCGUCACACGAUCGUUCAAAAAAUACGCACAGCAUUGUCGUAGUAGGGGAUUUCUGCUUUAAAAAAAAGAAAAAAAAGAAAAAAAAAAAAGAAAAAAAAAGAAAAAAAAACGAUAUUAACAA